AUGGCUGAGUGGAAUGAAGACACUGAUUCUGAUAUUGAAGAUUUAGAAAUUCUCAAUGACUUCAAUUCGUAUUUUAACAGACCUUAUCUAGUCAGACCAAGAGAAAACAAUUUCGUUAAGUGGGACGAUACGGAGUUUAUACGUCGUUUUCGUGUAUCUAAGAAUACAGCUUUUAAAAUUUUAGAAGAAAUCGCUAAUGACAUAUCACACCCCACAAAUCGGAAUCAUGCAUUGUCAGCGUGUAACCAGUUAUUAUUAACCUUGCGUUAUUAUGCUACUGGAUGCAUGCAAAUUACUGUUGGCGAUUUCAGUGGUGUUCACCAAACGACAGCAGGAAAGGCUAUUAAAAAAGUUACCGAAGCGAUUGCAUCAAGACGAUGCCAAUAUAUAAUGCUGCAAGAUUCUGAAGAAGACAAAAGGAAACAUCAGAAUGGAUUCUACAAUAUGGCUAAGUUUCCUCUAGUGUAUGGAGCCCUUGAUUGUACUCAUAUACGGAUUCAAUCACCAGGUGGACAAAAUGCAGAGUAUUUUAGGAAUAGAAAAGGCUAUUUUUCCUUAAACACUCAGGCAGUUUGCAAUUCAGACUUGAAAUUUUCGAAUAUUGUGGCUAGAUGGCCGGGGACAAGCCAUGACAGUACCAUUUUUCAAAAUAGCAGACUCUGUGCUAUUUUUGAAUCAGGUCAGAUGGGCCAACUAGUUCUUCUCGGUGAUGCUGGAUAUCCGAACAAAAAAUAUCUAUUGACACCUCUACAAAAUCCUGUCACAGAAGCUGAGAAACUAUACAAUGAGUCUCAUAUACGAACUCGGAAUUGUAUAGAGAGGGCAUUUGGCAUAUGGAAGAGACGGUUUCCAGUUUUGUCAUUGGGAAUUAAGACCAAAGUUGAACUGGUACAAGAUAUCAUUGUUGCAACAGCCAUUUUACACAACUUGUGUAUCAAGCAUAAUGAUGUCAUGCCUAACUUAGAUGUUAACUUAGAAAAUAUCAUUGAUGUAACUGGCAGUGAUAACAACCAAGAUACCACCCCCAGCAGCAAUUACAGCAACAAUAGUUAUAGAAGGCAAAUGUUAAUUGACAAUUACUUUAGUAGUUUACAAUAGCUGAAUUCCUUUUAAAAAAAGGAAAAUCAAAAUAUAAAGUAAAUUUACUACUAUAUUUGAACUAUUGUCCUUUAUAUGUUUAAUAAAACUAAUUUUUAAUAUGAAAUGAAAACAACCUCAUCUUUUUUUAUUACAUUUAAUUACACAGUUACAACAAUUUACAAUUACAUAUAUAUUUAAUUACAACGCAUUUUAUCAAUUAAUUAAAACUAUCGAGUACUUUUUUUUUAAUAUCAAUUUCUAAUUGUAGAAGUCUACAUCUCAGUUCAUGCUCCUUUACUUCUUGUUCUUGUUUUUUAUUUAAAUUGUCAAUUUGUGCAUCCAGUAAUUUAAUUUUUUUAUUGGCCAAGGCACUAUAAUUGUUCAUUGUUUUAUUGAACACUUCUGGAUUCUUUUUGGUGAGCGGUGUAGAUAUUUUUCUCUUUAAUAGAAAAUUACUGCUCUUUGGGGUUUCUGAUUCAUUAAUUUUUUCAUCAAUCUAAGGCAAAGAAAACACAAAUCAGUUUAAUAAAAACAAAUUUUAAAGUCCUUCCAGCUUCAGGCUUUCAGAUUAAGAAAAUGAAACACUUGUAUGAUUUGUGGUAGUAACAAGCAGGACGGUGGACCUCGUUCUGGCACACAUUAUGUCUUAACACUUUCUCACUAGCCUAUAGACACAGGCCUACUGUGGUAUAUUCUGCAAAGCACUGUUCUUGUUAGGAUUGGGAAUAGGCAGAUUUUUUUUAUAUAAAAUUAAUACACACCAGUAUAUUUUGGUUAUUUUUUGCUGGAAGUGCUCUGUCUUGGCUGGUCUUGGCAUAUUUUUCCUUUGUUUCCUUUGUUAUUACUAUCUGUAAAAAGACAAAAUUACACCAAUUUACCAUUUUUGUAAAAUUCACAUAAUAUUUUUGCUUAGAAUAGAAAACAGUUCUGAAGUUCUGCUGUUCUUUUAUUAUUGGUGACUUUUGGUAAAGUAUAGGUUUAAUCAGUGGUCAUUUGAUUAUAAGACAAAUCGAGAUAGAUAUAAUUAGAAGCUACUCAUACAUACCUCAUCACAGUCAUUGCGAGAUGGUAAUCCCAUCACACUGGUCCCAGAUAACCCCAUUACCACUUCCUCUUCUUGACUGAAAUUAAUUUCAGCGGAUGGUCCACCCCCUGUUCCAUACAAACUUCUCCGAAAAGUACUAUAUUUGGUCUUGGCCCUCUUUUUUAUAUUUUCAUACUUUGCGCGAAGAGUCUUGUCACUUCUGAACACAAAUGACGACAAACUGUUGAAUUCUUUGGCCAGCUUUGACCAAGUUUGCUCCUUCAGCUGAUUAUUUGUCAUAUCACUUUUUUUAUUUUCCAAUAUAUGGCCAUAUUAUCUCACCAAGCUUGUGAGCAAUUCUGUUUCCGAUUUUGAAAAAUUGGGAACGCGUGUUUUAUUUUCGACGGACAUAACGAAUUAUUGAAUUUUAUUUGGAAAAACGAUGCAACUGUCAAAUAAUAUAUAAUAAUAAAGCCUGUUUAUUUCCAAUCCAUACCUGUCAAAUACAGAUGUGUAAUUUUAGCUUGGGAUUGUUAAAAGAUUGAAAAGAAUGAACGGAUCACAAAAUGUUGCCACACGUCAUAACAUUGUCACAGUUCAGCUGAUCUCUGUUUGUUUUUGUAUUGAUAUUACGAAAGUAGUUUAAUCUAUGGAUCAAAAUUGAACGAAGUUUUGUUGAUCCUUAGUUUAAACCCUGAAUGAUAUUAUGGGCCUAAGAGAUUAUGGCAAAGAAAAUGGAUAACCACACGUUCUCAGUAUGCAGCCAGCAAUAAACUUUUUGAAGAAAUUGCUAAGGAAGAUUCUGCUGAAUUUUACAGAUCAAUGCGAAUGACAGAAACGCAAUUUGAAGAGUUGCUGACGCACGUUGAGCCCGCCAUAAAAAAAUCUGAUACUUUUAUGAGGAGUGCACUCACGCCAAAAAUAAAACUUCAGAUAGUGUUGUAUCUUCUUGCCACUGGUUGUAGUCUGCGUACUUUGUCACAUUUAUUCAGAGUAUCUAAACCAACAAUAAGUUUAAUGAUACCGAUAGUCUGCGAUGCUGUAUACAACGCCUUAAAAGAUUAUAUAAAGAUUCCUAGAAGUACAGAAGAAUGGAAUAGUAUUGAAGAAGGAUUCAGUCAAAAAUGGAACUUUCCCGGUUGCUGUGGUGCAUUAGACGGUAAACACGUCGUACUGAAUGCACCAGAUGAUUCUAGAAGUUAUUAUUACAAUUACAAGAACCAGCACAGCAUCUCGUUCUUUUGGGAUUAGUAGACCAUGAUUAUUGUUUUAUUUAUUUUGAAAUUGGAUGCAAUGGACGAAUCAGUGAUGGAGGAGUUUUCCAAAACUGCAGCUUGAGCCACGCUCUAGAGAAUAAUUUUCUACCACCAAACCGUGUGAUUGUUGCAGAUAAUGCUUUACCAUUGAAAACGUACCUUAUGAAUUCAUACGGAGGAAAUAAUUUAUCUCAUAAGCAAAAAGUGUUCAACUACAGAUUAUCACGGGCCAGACGGAUAGUUGAAAAUGCCUUCGGAAUAUUAGUGUGUACAUUUAGAAUAUUUCUGAAACCCCUCCCAUAUGCUCCCGCUAAAGCUGAUAAAAUAGUUAGAACGUGUGUUGCUUUGCACAAUUGGCCUAGAAAAACGCAAGGUACGCAAUUCAAAAAUUGUAACAGUUGAUACAGAAAACAUCGAAACGGGGAACUUCACACCUGGUUCCUGGAGAGAGUUUCUAGCAGCAGGUAUAGUAAACAUUGAAAGAAUUUUGCAAAAUAGAUGAUCACAACAAGCUCACAAUGUACGAGAUCGCUAUGCAGAUUAUUUUGUUGGUGAAGGCUCAGUACCCUGGCAGGCAAGAAUAGUACAUUAAUAGCAAUCGGUUUUAGUACAAUUUCCUACCUAGUAAGUUAGCAUAUAAGAUACUAUAAAUAAAUGUAUUCUAAAUAA